GACCCAGCCUAUACUAUAGGUCACAUCGAAGACAAACUGACAAAUAUAUGUUGCAGAUACGUCUACAAACACCUCAUUUGAGUAAUUACAGUUCACAGGAAUAUUUCAAGAUGGCUACCAGUGAGCUAAAUCAGUUUUUGGAAAAUGUUGAUGAGAAAGUCCUAGAAUGUACCAUCUGUUUUAAGAGACUUCAAAAUCCCAAAUCACUCAACUGCCUCCAUAGUUUCUGUUUGGCAUGUCUGGAAGACUGGGUCAUGACGAAGGGUAAGUUGACUUGUCCAACUUGCUCAAAAUCAUACCCCCUUCCAGAGGGCGGGCUUCAGAAGCUUCAACCAAAUACUUUCCUAAAUAACUUACUAGAAACUAUUGAACAAUUUUUAAAGAGAGACCAGAUGAAAUGUAUUUGUGGAAAAGAAGGAGAAACAAAAUACUACUGCCAGGAUUGCAGACAAUACUUGUGCUCUUCUUGCAGUGACCAUCACAAGGAGUACCAACUCUUUGCAAAUCACAAGCUGCAUUCGGUGGAGGAUAUGCGAUCAAUGAACACUAUACAGAUUGCAUCGUUACAUCCUCCGCAGUGUUACCUUCACAAUGAGCCUCUAAAAUUGUUCUGCUCCGUAUGCAAUAUUCCAAUAUGCAUGCAGUGCGCAAUUACAGGCCACAAGGAGUGGGAUGGAAAACACAAAUUAAUCGGCAUCUCAGAAGCCUUUGAAACGUUUAAAGAAACGUCUGCAAAAUUGGAGGUUGCUGCGCAUCAGUGCCAAUUCAAAUUACAAGAUGGUCUUAAAGCUGUUAUGCAGAAUACCAUAACAUUAGAACAGAGUAAAGAUAUAAGUUUGAGAGCUAUCGACAAUCAUGUGCAAAAAAUGACCGAGAAAAUUAAGGAAAAUGGAGAAAAAAUGAAAAAUAAAGUAAAAGCAACGUACAAGGAGAAAAAAGAGGUAAAUGAUAAACAAAUUGAUGAACUGAAUACAGCAAUAUCUGAUAUAAAUACAAAAAUAAUCUUUCUUAAUCAGCUUUUGAAGAGUGAUGAGGCUACAGUAAUGCAAUCAAGUGAAAAGUUAGUUACAGCAUUAAACGACAGAACCAAGGAGUUGCCAAAAACAGAGCCAAACGAUAAUGGACACAUUUAUUUCUUCACAAAUAAACAGCAAAUGGCUGCCUUGCAACAAUUUGAUAUUGGGAAUGUUACACACUUGAGGGCAGCAGACUGCCUAACAUUAGAAGGAAAGGAAUCUGUGAGCCAACAACAGACAAUUGUUGCCAAAAUAAAGAAAACAGAUGAAUGCGGAAUUUCACAGGAAUAUUUCAAGAUGGCUACCAGUGAGCUGAAUCAGUUUCUGGAAAAUGUUGAUGAGAAGGUUUUAGAGUGUACCAUAUGCUUCAAGAGACUUCAAAAUCCCAAAUCACUCAACUGCCUCCAUAGUUUCUGUUUGGCAUGUCUGGAAGACUGGGUCAUGACGAAGGGUAAGUUGACUUGUCCAACUUGCUCAAAAUCAUACCCCCUUCCAGCACAAAAAUGUACUAGUCUAGGAGUUUGGAAGCUAAAUGUGUUGGCUGACGGCGAACCAAUCAAGCAGUCACCAUUGAUAGUUAAUGUUGAGAAGUAUGGAUUAGUAAAUACCAUUCAAAUAAACAAAAUGUAUGUUAGAGAUGUCAUUAAAUUUGAAGAUGAUUACUUUCUGGUUUCAUGUUUGACGAAUGAAAUUCUCAAAUAUAAGCAAUCUGGAGAAUGUAUUGGUAAGUAUGUUACAUUACCUCCAGGUGUGAAAGUUUACAGAAUGUACAAAUUGAAAAACGAUGACAUAGCAUUCAGUGAUUCGGGUAAUAAAUGCAUCAAAGUAUGCAAUAUGAAUGGUCAGGUGACCAAAUCAAUGGGUCAGGGGGAAUUAAAAAAUCCACAUGGUAUCCAUGUAAAUGAAACAUCAAAUGUUGUGUAUGUAACAGAUUCAAGUUGUGGCUGGGUUUUCUUGUUUGACAUUGAUAGUGGCCAAAUAAUAAGGAAGAUAGGGUCACCAGGAAAACUAGAAGGUCAAAUAAGUGGAGCCAUUGAUGUUACCUUUACAAAUCAAGGACAACUUCUUGUAUUGGAGUUCAACAAUAACAGAUUACAGCUAUUUGAUAAUGAGGGAAGGUUCAUAAAAGUCCUUGUUGGAACAGGUGAUGAGGAUGGUAAGGUGAGGAAUCCACAUGGAGUAGUAGUUGAUGAGGAUGACAACAUCAUUAUAACAAGCCACCACAAACUACAGCUAUUUAGUAGUGAUGGAAAUUUCCUUAAAAUAAUUAAUAAUGUAAAAGAUGGAAUUAACAAUCCAUGGGGAUUAUCUGUGAUUUCGUAUUAUCCACAAAGACUUGUGGUUGCAAAUUAUGGUGCCGGAAAUGUAAAAAUAUUUAAUUAUUAAAUACAUGAAUAAUCUGCUGCCCACUCAAUAUGUUAGUGAAUUACAUUGCGUAUAAAUAAAUUUUUAAUUGGACUUUUGGCUGAUUACAGAGAGAAUGCAUCUAAUUACAGUGAGAAAUUAAUUUUAUAGUAUUAUGUAACGAAUAAUGACAAUAAUACAACCUUGUAUAUAUUUAUUAAAUCUAGUAAUUAGGCCAUCCCUAGAAAUUUGUUCAGCACAUCAAAACAUCCUAUUGCAAAGUAUCAGUAUCUACUGUAGGAGCGCGAAGGUCUUGUUGGGGUGGGGGCUCAACAAUUAUGUGAGGGCUGCUAACAUGCAAAAUAAAUUAAUUUUAGGUUCAUUUUUA